AACAGAAAAAAAUAUGUUUGUAAUGGAAGACAAUCUUCUGUGAAUUUGCUGGAAAACGUGGUUGUGCAAUGUUUACCCGAUUAUGGCUACUUACGACAACAAACAUUGGCUUUUAUCGCAUAUAAGGAAUAGUUUUAUAUUCUCAGAUGAUACAGGAAUAUGUGAAGCAGCAAUGGGUGGUGAAAAUAUCGCUCAUCAAUUAAAUGUGUCCCAAUAUGAAUGCUACCCGGGUGUAGACGGGGGUGAUGAUGAAGAAGAAAGUGACGUAUUGGGACAGUCUUAUGAUUUGCAUGCCGAUUCGGACUUUUGCCGACGUAUUACCGGCAGGUAUCGCUCCAACACCGCUGUUCGUCUUCAGAAGAUGGAAGAAGAGAGACGGAUACAAGCCAGUAUACGACAUGUACACUGGGACAAACCCCCCCUAACUCUGACUGGCAAAGAAAUGGCCGAAUUGUUUCCAAAGAAGACUUUAACGUCAAACACUGCAAAAACGCAACCGCAUUCCUUACUUAGUGAAAUUAUUCAGAAUCAUCCAACACUGCCAGCAAAUCCGUUCCGUGAUUAUGCCAAGUUUAAUGGUGAUUCCCAAUGGGGCGCCGGAGUUCGCUGUUUUAAGAUAUGGCUGACGAUGCUCAACGGGGAGAAACGCAACUUUCCGAUGCAGGUGUCGGUGAUGGCGACAGCGCGAGUGCUCGAUCUCAUCGGCCUGGUGUGCUGGCGCUGCAUGGCUGAGUACUCACUGAGUGAGACGGCGCUCAAGGAGAGUGUGGACUACUACUCAUUACAUAUCGCAGAAGAUGACGGGGAAGUAGACUGGGACUUUCCUUGUCUUGACAAUCGAGAGAGUGUCACUAAAUUCACCUUCAACUUUCUGGCAUUGGUGGAACGGGACCCAAAGCAAGAACCUCCGGAUAAACACGCUACGAGUGUUGUCAUCAAAGCUCCCAAUGAUCCACAGAUUCCCAGAAAUAGAGAAAGGGUAUCUGAGAGUGAGGCAGAGAAGAAACAAGGUGAUAUCGAUGCUAGGAUACGGGCUCCUAUGUACGAAUCAUUCAAAGUGUACAUGUUGAACAAAGUUCGAGCCAAAACAGAGGUGCAUUUAGGAGUAUCCGCAGAUAAGGUAGAGAUAUUCCCUGUGGUACAACAGAGAGUCAGUGCCAAGUUCUUUGGCAGACUCAAGGCCUCUACACACGACAUGGACUCUGUGGUGGCCUGUGAUCUUGUAGACACCAAGUCCAACAAUAGAGCUACUUUCAGGCUGGUCUACGAUCACUCGACUCUCUCUGCCAGCUUAGACAGUAGCUCCUCCUCAUCUCCGGUGUUCAAAAACCACGACUUUGAGGCAACAACCGAGGUCGCAAACCUCAUUGUACAGAAGAUCAACCAUAUCUUGGAGUUGAAGCCUUCGACGAGAAGGAAAGAAUACUUGACCCACCGCGAACACAAGUCUCACAGAAGAAAAAGCUUUCACCUAGGGCCUAGAUGAUUAGUGCUAGUCAGUAUAGGAUUGUAAGUAGUGUACCAUACCUCGCUUUCAUUAGUGAACUAUUUAUUUAUUUUUCAAAGCUCACAUUAUUUUGUAUUCAUACGAACGUACCAUUUGAUUUUAGCUUUGAUGUAAUGUUAUGUUAAAGAGAUAUUUAUUUUUUAAAACCAAAAAAGAUUUGUUGUUAUUUUAGUUUGUU